UCUUACCAUUACAAUAUAUCCAUCAUUAAUAAAUCAUCAUCUCAAAUUGCAAACAUCUUGCAUUUUCUCCUAAUUACCACCAUUUCAUUUCAUUUGCAUCUUCCUUUCAAGUUCUUGGAUUGGUUUUAGCUGAGCCUCAACAAAAAUGGGUCUAAAGAAAGGGUGUUUUAAGAUAAUAUUCAGAAGGAAGAAACCUAAGGAAGAUAAAUCCAAACAAGAAAUGGUACAAUCUACUGAUGAAAUAUCCAAUGAACCCUCAAUUGGGAACCAAAACCCUCAUGAAGAAUCAAGUAGCACUCCCAAUGAAGGUUUGAUGAUGGAGAGAACAGUUCCCUCCAGGUUGAAUGACAACAUUGCUGCUACUAGGAUUCAAAAUGCAUUUCGUUCAUUUAUGGCAAGAAGAACAUUUCAAAAUCUAAGCGGAGCAAAGAAAUUUGAAGCUUUCAUUCAAGACCAUACGGCCGGCGACCAAACAGCAACUACACUUAACUACAUACAUUCAUGGAGCAGAAUACAAGAUGAAAUUAGAGCUCGCAGAAUCUGUAUGAUAACAGCAGCCAAGAUUAAGCAAAGGAGGUUGGAAAGCCAGUUAAAAGUUGAGGCUAAGAUUAAUGAGCUCGAGACGGAAUGGUGCAGCGGUUCUGAAACAAUGGAAGAGAUACUUUCAAGGAUAUAUCAGCGAGAAGAAGCAGCAAUUAAACGAGAGCGAGCCAUGGCAUAUGCUUUCUCUCAUCAGUGGAGACCAAACCAGUAUUUUGGUCAGGCUUCUUAUAGCCUUGGUAAAGAAAGCUGGGGUUGGAGCUGGAUGGAGCGUUGGGUCGCAGCGCGUCCUUGGGAAGUUCGGGUUCAAGUUGAGUCCCCCAAAACAAAGAAACUCAAUGGCCAACAGAAAAAAACCAAAUUAGAUAAGAUGAACCAUAAUGAAACCAAAUCACCAUUGGCUAAAGCUGCCCAGUUAGAUAACAUUAACCAUAAUGAAACCAAAUCACCAUUGGCUAAAGCUGCCCUGUCAAAUGGGAAGGAGUCUGAGAAAGGAAAGAAAAACAAAACUUGAGGGCUGCCAAAAAAUACUGAGGCAGAAUGUUUGAUGGAUCUUGGUUUUUUCAUAUAUUAUUUUGGGGUUUAUUUUCCCAUAUUUGGCUUGUGAGAAUCUACCAUUUGGUGUGUAGUGUGUAUCACUAGAAGAGUUUCACUUGUUAUCUACUUUUGUAUGAUCAUGAAUUCCCUAGUAUGGAUUGAAACUUGAGAAUGGUCUAUUAUUCCCUUCA